CUACUCUCUCUCUCUCUCUCUCUCUCUCUCUCUUUGUAUUAAUCGCCACACUUCCUCGACAUUCUCCGCCUUCGAGCCCUUCUACCUCCUAAAAUCCGGGACUAGCUUAUCUUUCAGUCACCGGAACAACUCCAUCUCGAAAAUUCCUUCAUACUGUUUGUUGGUCGUGAGUUCCGGAACCACGCCCUUGUCUGUAUUCCCGGUUAUUCGCCCGUGCACGAGAUCUGCAACCAUUUGCGCUUUUCCAGUGGAAAAUCUCUCUAAGUAACCCAUCAGAAUGGCUGAGGGAGAAGAGGAUUUCUCCUCCUUACCAUUGCCCGACCGGUUCGCGCACAAGAACUGGAAGGUCCGCAAGGAAGGAUACGAAGAUGCCAAACAACAAUUCGAAAAGACGCCAGACGAGUCGGAUCCGGUAUUCACUCCCUUCAUACAAGACCCCGGUCUUUGGAAAGGGGCGGUGGCAGACUCCAAUGUGGCGGCUCAACAAGAAGGUCUUGGGGCCUAUUGUGCAUUUUUGAAGUUUGGUGGAGUACAGGCCUGUACAAGAACGCGCGCAACUACAAUUUUACCGAUCUGUGAAAAGGGUCUCAUAUCUACACGACCAGCCGCCAAAGCGAAUGCGAUCGAGGCCCUGCUUCUGUGUGUGGAGAUGGAUAAGGCGGAUCCGGUGAUCGAGGAGAUGAUGCCCGCAUUGUCACAUAAGAUGCCCAAGGUGAUUGCGGCCGCGCUGGCGGGGUUGAAGACGAUCUAUCACAACUUUGGGUGUAAGCUUGUGGAUCCUAAGCCAGUACUCAAAGCUUUGCCCAAGGUCUUCGGGCACGCAGACAAAAAUGUUCGGGCGGAAGCUCAAAAUCUUACCGUGGAGCUCUAUAGGUGGCUGAAGGAAGCCAUCAAGCCCCUUUUCUGGGGCGAGCUAAAGCCUGUUCAACAGACUGAUUUGGAGAAGUUAUUCGAAGCCGUGAAACAGGAACCGCCACCAAAGCAGGAGAGGCUCACCAAAGCGCAACAGGAUGCUGCGGCUGUCGCCAGUGCUGCUCCUGCAGCAGGUGGCGGUGACGAGAUGGAAGGAGUUGAGGAAUAUGCAGAGGAUGAGGGCGAAGUCGACGUUUUCGAUCUCGCAGAACCUGUGGAUGUGGCGUCCAAAGUACCCGGCAACUUCACAGAACAGCUUUCUUCGUCGAAGUGGAAGGACAGGAAGGAGGCUCUGGAUGAACUCUAUACUGUACUGAACGUACCCAGAAUCAAGGAUGGGCCAUUUGAUGAGGUGGUACGGUUAUUGGCCAAGUCCAUGAAAGAUGCCAAUGUUGCAGUCGUGACGGUUGCCGCUAACUGUGUUGACCUACUUGCCAAAGGCCUGCGCAGCGGAUUCCUGAAGUAUCGACCCACUAUCAUGGCCCCGAUGUUGGAACGCCUGAAAGAGAAGAAACAAAGCGUUGCAGAUGCCCUAGGCCAAGCACUCGACUCGGUCUUUGUCGCAACCAGUUUGACGGAAUGCUUGGAGGAGAUUCUGGAAUUCCUCAAACACAAGAACCCUCAAGUCAAGCAAGAAACCCUCAAAUUCUUGAUCCGCUGCCUUCGUACCACCAGGGACGUGCCAGCUAAACCAGAGAUCAAGUCGAUUGCAGAGGCGGCUACCAAGCUUCUUACUGAGUCUAGCGAGGUCAACCGUGCUGGAGGCGCAGAGGUUCUGGGUACCUUGAUGAAAAUCCUGGGAGAGCGGGCAAUGAAUCCUUAUCUUGACGGUCUCGAUGAUAUCCGGAAAACGAAGAUCAAGGAGUUCUAUGAGACGGCGGAGGUCAAGGCGAAGGACAGACCCAAGCCUAUCGUUGGCCCGCCAAAGACUACUUCUGCAGUUGGUAAGAAGGUCCUCGGUGGCAAGAAGCCAGCACUCGGAACGAAGAGGCCUGCAGCUGCACCAGCUCCUGUCGAGGAGCCUCCAGCACCGUCCCCAUCCAAGCCCGCCACGAGAGCAAUCCCAUCUAAGUUGGGUGGCCUCGCAAAGCCCGGCAGCGUUCCUGCCCCUAGUGGCCUCAAGAAGAGGCUUGCUGGUCAGGCUGGCUUGGCAUCACCCCAAAGGCGUGUAAUAUCACCCCCUUCAGAGGAUCAGCCGCCGCCACCUGCCGCGCCUCGACUUGGUCUCGGAAGGGGUCUUGCUGGUCGCCCAAUCGCCCGGCCAGCGGCUCCGGCUGAGCCAGCCCCAGCCCCUGUCGCACCGCAAAUGAGUGGCAUGUCUGCCGCUGAACGUGCGGAAUUGGAAGAGUUACGCCUCGAGAAAGAGCGAUUCACCCGCACUAUUGAUGAUCUGAAAUAUGACCGGACUAAGUUGAACUCUCAGAUCACAGAACUACAGAACCAAAACGCCCAGCUCAUCGAAGACCACACUAGGGAUGUUCUGAGCAUCAAAGCUAAAGAGACUCAAUUGGUACGAGCACGCAGUGACGCGGAGGCAGCAGAACAGACGGUUCAAAAGCAGCAACGCGAGAUUGAGCGCUUGAAGCGCGAGCUAGCUAGAGCGCUGCGCGCCAGUGCCAUUAGCCCACCAAAUGCCCUGCCUGACAGCAACAUCAGUAUCUCGGAACCAGGAUUGGUCUAUCAAGACUCGGGCCACAAUGGGUACAAUCCCAUGUCCCGAGCUGGACUCCACAUAGGAUCACGAUUUGAUACCUCCCGGCCGCGUAGCUAUGCUUCCACCAGCCCCAGCGAAGAGAAGGAGAACAACGGCCUGGACUCUCCAUCACUGAGCACCAGAGAAGGAGCCCUUGGUCGACGGAAGCUCAGCCCUACGUUUGGGGCCGGCUACUCUGGCUUAGGCAGCCCCACACGCUCAUCUGUACGGGGUUCUGGCAGUGCUUCGGGCGAGGACCAGCCUGCCAGGUCCACGGAACCAGCGGAGAACUGGAAAAGAGCUGCGGAAGUGACAAGCCAACUCAAAGCAAGAAUCGAACAAAUGAAGGCAAGGCAAGGCCUUACACGACCACCUGCUCAGCGCUAAUGACCGAAUGACCAACAACCAACUUUUAUCCGAUUCCCCUUCAUCACAUAUUAUAUUCUUCUUGCUUCGACUGAUAUCAACCUCCGUUUGCACGCAGCAAGUGUGGAGCUUCCAAGAAUUCUUUCCCUUUUUCUUUGUCUAUCCUAUUUUCUAUUUUCAUUUUCCCCCCUCUUACUACUACCGACUCCCUUUGGUAGUCUCUUGACCUUCUCAAAUGGCGCGGGACCUGUCAUUGCUUUCGAUGACUGGAGCAUAUCGGAUGGUUGGAAUGGAAGGGGUGUAUUGCUGGCUGUAUCAAUUCGUUUCUUCCUGUUAUUUUUCUUGAUUAUUUGGCGGGGGUUUCUAGCUUUUGUCAUACCAUACCACACGCCAGCAUACCACACGUUGCUAUUCUCUGUAUAGAUGCUUUCUUGUACCAUGCGUUUGAUCUCAUGGGAUGUAUUUUAUUACUACUCUGGUGGUGUGGG